UAUGCGAUCUGCAAGCAUAUGCGAUCUGCAAGCAUUUGCGAUCUGCAAGCAUAUGCGAUCUGCAAGCAUAUGCGAUCUGCAAGCAUAUGCGAUCUGCAAGCAUAUGCCAUCUGCAAGCAUCUGCCAGAUACGAUCUGCAAGCAUAUGCCACAUUCGAUGUGCAAGCAUAUGCGAUCUGCAAGCAUAUGCGAUCUGCAAGCAUAUGCGAUCUGCAAGCAUAUGCCAUCUGCAAGCAUAUGCCAGAUGCGAUCUGCAAGCAUAUGCCACAUCCGAUGUGCAAGCAUAUGCGAUCUGCAAGCAUAUGCCAGAUGCGAUCUGCAAGCAUAUGCCACAUUCGAUGUGCAGACAUAUGCGAUCUGCAAGCAUCUGCGAUCUGCAAGCAUCUGCGAUCUGCAAGCAUAUGCAAUCUGCAAGCAUAUGCCACAUUCGAUGUGCAAGCAUAUGCGAUAUGCAAGCCUAUGCGAUCUGCAAGCAUAUGCAAUCUGC